CACUGUCCAUUUGUAUUUGAAGAAAUGAAUGUUCUAAAAAAAAAAAGGGAUGGGGAUUUUCCCAGUGUUCCUUUGCCUACCUACUCAUAGCACCCCAAAUUUGCAUUUGUUAGCUGGGGAUAACACCUGUUGUUCUUUCAGCUCAGGAGGUUAUGGGUCAGAAAUUUAGUUAAUCUCUGUGCCACCGUGACUGGGUCCUAGCAUGGUUGGUUCAAAUGCCUGGAGAUUACUGAGAUCAUUUGUCCUGUAGCCUGGUGCUGGCUGUUUAGGAUCCCACUGAUUUUCUUGAAAGCACAUUUUUUGGGGGGGGUCAUGGGAUGUCAAAGUUCAGUUUUUUGCAUCUGCACCUGCUCAGACUUCCUCCUCCCUCUAGCUUGUGCUUCCUGUCAGUAUGGAAGUCCAGGGUAAAUGGAUUUCUUAAUGGAGCCGGCCUCCCCAGGUUAGAAGUUUCGAGAAUCUACAAGACCUUUUAUGACCUGUCUUCAUGAGUUCCAAAUUGUCACGUUUGUCACAAUCUAAUUUAAGUCCGCCUCUAAAGGAGAGAUAACAAAAACUUUCAACUGUCUUCAAUCUGUAAGAAUCAAAACUGGGACAAGGAGCUUAGGUGUUUGCUUGCCUUCCAAAGCCCUGCUUUUCCUCUUAGUUGCUUUGUUUCUGCCAGUACCUGUGUGGGGUGGUCACAGGGCUCCUCAUUAUGAGCAGGACCCUGGGUCAUAAUGUAAAUACAUAGCCAGCUGCAAGAGGGCCACGGCUUGACAACCUGUGACAUGUCAGGGUGGGACAAUGAGAAGGGCUACCAUCCAUAUCCUUUUGGGGAAAAGGGACAUCAAUGCUAUCCCUCAUACUGCAGGUGGGCUAGGGUUUAUGGGAAGAACAGUUACAGCAAUGAAGGGGAAAUGCUAAUGAGCAGUGCUAAUGAGGGACAGUGACAGGAAAGAGGGAAUGAGUUCUUGACCAUAUGCUAGAGGAAUAAAGGCGAAUGGAGAAGAAGUCAGGGGACCCAGCCUUCCACUACACCUCCCAGAAGGAAGCCUAUCUACCACAAGGCAGUCCUCCAAACGCAGGAAGCAAGGACCUCAUUCCCUGGAGUCUUUCUUUGCCAACCAGACUAGCAGAGGUCAGUGACUGUAGUCUCAGGAGUAUUAAGCAAGCCUACAGGAAGGAUUUUAUAGGAGGAGUCACCUUGGAAACCCUGCUUUUUCUCUCUCUGGGAGCAGUAUUGUGGCACUGAGGAGAAUGGAGACCAAAUUUGUGGCAUCAUGUCUCAAAAUCUUCCUCCUCAUCUACUCCUUUGCAUUUUGGAGCACUGGGGUUAUCUUGUUGGCUUUUGGAGUCUGGGGAAAGCUUACUCUGGGCACGUAUCUCUCUCUUCUUGCCAAGAAUAUUGCAGACAUUCCCUUUGUGCUCAUUGGAAUUGGUACCAUGAUUAUCAUUUUCGGUUUAUUCGGAUGCUUUGCUUCAUGCAGAGGUAGCCCAUGGAUGCUGAAGUUGUAUUCUCUGUUUCUGUCACUGGUGUUCCUGAUUGAGCUUGUUGCUAGCAUCUCAGGGCUUCUGCUUCAUCGUGAGAUCAAGGACAGAUUCCUGAAGAUUUAUACCAAUGCUAUACAGAACUAUAACGGCAAUGAUAAGAAGAGUCAGGCAGUGGACCAGGUGCAGUAUGGUCUGAUGUGCUGUGGUGUGAAGAACUACAAAGACUGGAACGACAACCCCUACUUCCUGAAUCAUGGUAUCCCCCAGAGUUGCUGCAAGGAUGAAACUGACUGUAAUCCCCCGGAUCUACACAAUCUGACCACAGCUGCCACCAAAGUUAACAAGAGAGGUUGCUAUGAUCUGAUGAUAGGUUUCUUUGAGGCAAACAUGGCAGUCAUCAUUGGAAUGCUGUUUACAACCACAUUUUCCCAGUUGAUUGGCAUAAGGUUGUCCUGUUGUCUGUCCCGGAUCAUCAUGACCCAACGGUAUAAGAGGUGUGUAAAGUCUUCCAAGAGAAAUAGCCUGCUCCAAGAGUAAGAAGCCUGUUUCCAAGAACUACUUCACCCUCUGAAAGACUUGCAAAGAACAUCAUUAGUACACAGAACUCAUCUGCCCUGCUCGCACAGCUCUCUUCCUCAGGGCCUGCCCCAUACAAGUUGCUGGCACCCCACCUGAUCUCUGUUCCAACUUUUAGACCACAUGAAGUGUCCUGCUCAUCUCAUAAAGCCCUGCCGUGUUACACAGUGUAACCACCUGCAGCUUGUCAUAGUGAACCCCACCCUAUAGCCCUGUGUGUGCAAGCUCUUCCUCAUGUAUCUGGUCCAGAUGCAGGUUAUUGUUGGAGACUAGUUAUUACACCAUCACUGGCCUCCUGUGGCCCUGAAUGAAGUCUGGGAGGCUGCCAGCCAUUUAUCAUGGUCCAUAAAUGCCACACACCUUUCUAGAGAUAA